AAUACAACGAGCUCCACAUCGAUAAGUCUUAAAUAUUGAGCAGUUGCCACGGUGAAAGCUUCCGCGGUUUACAACUAAUUCUAUUACGGUUGAUAUUUUUGCUGAACUACUCAAACUGUAGACGUAUGUCUUUUAGAAAAAUUAAUUUAAAGGCAAAAAUUCUUUUAAACAAAUCAAAAUGCUUUUUGCUGUAAGUUUACGGCUAUUUGAUAUCGGAUCCCAUAACUAUUAACGGUGGCCAAUUUUCCUAUUUUGCAGAAAAGUUCGUCCGUUUUGUGAAAAUUUUGCGCAAGCAUCAGUAGGAACAUUCGGGAAAACGGCACAAAAUCUUCAAAAUUUAUCUGAGAGUUUCUAAAGUUUUCCUUAGAUAGGGGGAUACUAGACAGCACAAAAUGUUAUUUGUUGUAAUAAAAACCGUACUUGAAAGACACUUAAAUUUUUCUCGAAGUUCUUGAAAAUGUCCUCAGUUCCACGUGUGUCAAAUGAUACAACGUCUUCACUCGAAGAUGACAUUUUCGUAGAUAAAGGAGAACUCUUGCGAGAAGAAUACGCUAACCUAAGUAAUGAGAUUGAAGCAAUUUCCGAAGAAAUAUUAGACAUACAAAGUGAAUUAAUACUUACUGAGCAUUCUACCCAAGAACAAGAAGUUAAGAAUAAUGAAUAUAACUCGUAUUUGGAGAAAAAGCAGUCGAAACGUUUGAAAAAUACAAUAACGUUAGAAGAUUAUUAUUUGUUUACUGUGAAUGAAUUAGAGAGAGAUAGAGAUGAAAUGUUGACUAUGUAUGCUAGAAAAAAGUCUGAAUUGCAGGAUGUUUUACUACAGGAGAAAAAACUCCUGAAACAUGUCAAAGAAGAAUUAGUAUCAACAGCAGAUAUUCAAUUAAUUCGUAAAAAACAAGAAGCAGAAAUUGAACGUUUAGAAAAAGAAAUAAGAGCUACCCGCAAUUACCAAUCAGGAAAACUUCAACAGUUUAAAGAGAUAUCUAAACAAAAACAUUUGGAGUUGGAAAAAGAAGCUAAGAUUAUCUUGGAUAACGUGACUGAAAAAAGUAAAAAGAUUUCAAACAAACUGGUCGUUGAACAUGUUAAUAAGAUAUGUAAAGAAAAUGAGGAAUUGUAUAAGGAUAUCCUAAAUAAAUCAGAAUUAAUAAAAGCUAUGGAAGCAGAAAAAUCGAACUUGGAGAAACAAAAUGAAGAGGUCAGACAUAAUCAGGUGUUUUCCAAGGACCUGGAGUAUGUUGAAUAUAAACGUUGCGAAGGCUUGUCACAACUGAAAAGUUUAUCACCACAGAAAUAAAGCAGCAUUAAGUUGUCAUCUAUUUUUAAAAGCAAACAGACUUUUUAAAAAGUGCUGUUUCCAUCAUUCUAUUUUUGUGUAAUUAGUUUUCUUUACGGGUUUGAGUAGAGCCAGAGUAACAUUAGACUCAGAAUACUAUGAAUUCAUUAUA